AUGGCAAGCGGGUGGAGUCUCCUAAUCGGCCUCAUCGUCGUCGUGGGCGCCGCUGUUGCGGCUUGGGUGUUUAGUCCAAAGGGUGAUAACCAGACACUUUGGCGAAGCACGCUCAUUCUCUCGAUUGUGAGUUGUUAUUUGAUGUGGGCCAUUACGUUCCUGGCGCAGUGGCAUCCCCUGAUUGCGCCGAAGAGAGCGGAUAUUCGACCCGACCGCGUGCCGCAGUAG